AACAGAGACAGAAGUAACUGUGCUUGCUUUGAAAAGUAGCUAGUAUUUAAAUGAUACAACACGACGGAAUUAGAGAUAGGAGUGUCUAACAUAACAAAAUAGUCUCAGUUUCAAGGGUGAGACGAAAAACUUGCGUAACUACGCAGCGAGGCAGCGAGCUAGCGAGCUAAGAGUUUGAACUGUGUAUGACGCCGUGACAGACGGUUCGUGGCCUGGACAUUUAUGUGAGCGGUCUUGCCUCAGUGGAACGGGUCUUAAAGGGAGGAGAGACUCACAGAGACCCAUAUCAGGACUGUGGGUUCUGUUUUUUGUUUUUGUGAACAAGGAAUAAUCCAACCUACUGCAACGAUUUAGUUUACCUGUUCAACCACAGCACACAGGUGUUCAGCGGCACGCACCAUGGAGGCCAUCGCCAAGUACGAUUUCAAAGCCACUGCUGAGGACGAGCUGAGUUUUAAACGUGGGGAAGUAUUGAAGGUUUUAAAUGAGGAGUGCGACCAGAACUGGUACAAAGCAGAGCUGAACGGGAAAGACGGCUUUAUUCCAAAGAACUACAUAGAAAUGAAAGCCCAUCCGUGGUUUUUCGGGAAGAUCCCGCGGGCCAAGGCGGAGGAGAUGCUGAACAAACAGAGACACGACGGGGCCUUCCUGAUCCGGGAGAGCGAGAGCGCGCCGGGCGACUUCUCCCUGUCCGUCAAGUUUGGAAACGACGUUCAGCACUUCAAGGUCCUACGUGACGGAGCAGGGAAGUACUUCCUGUGGGUGGUCAAGUUCAAUUCUCUCAACCAGCUGGUGGAUUACCACCGCUCCACCUCUGUGUCGCGGAACCAGCAGAUCUUCCUCCGAGACAUCGAGCAGGUUCCCCAGCAUUCCACGUACGUCCAGGCGCUGUUCGACUUCGACCCCCAGGAGGACGGGGAGCUGGGGUUCAGGCGCGGGGACUUCAUCCAGGUUCUAGACAACUCCGACCCCAACUGGUGGAAAGGAGCCUGUCACGGGCAGACGGGCAUGUUCCCACGCAACUACGUCACACCUGUCAAUCAGAACAUGUAACUCCGCCCCCCCCCCCCCUCCGCACCAUCCAACCCCGACCCUGUGCCCCCCCCCCAACCCCCAACCCCCGACCCCCGACCCCAAAGAGAUUCAGAGCCACGUGGAAGAAUGGAAGAUCCCGGAAACGAUGAGCAGGAGGCGAAGAGCAGGACGGCGGCGUCCCCUCGCCAGUGGCGGUUGGGCGGAGCCGAGCUCACGGCGAAGAGCGUUGAGCGCUGCAGUGCCGUCCGCGCGCGGGACGGGACAGAAGGCCCCGGGAGCAGUCAGAGGAGGGAAGCGUACCACGCCAAAAAUCCACCGUGGAAAAUCACGUCCUUCUCUUCCCUUCUCCGUCUCUGGCCUUCCAAAGCUGCCUCUGCCUUCUCCACCUUGUUGCUGUUGUUUUUUUUUUUUUUUCCCCUUGUUGUGUGUUAUAAUCACCACAACAGCAAAUAACAAAAAAAAAA